CAGAAAUGACUAACCGAGAAGAAGCUGAGAUACAAAUUUCAGAACUAGAUUUGCUCUCUAGCAUGUUUCCUUACGAGGAAGAGUUCGUCGUGACUGACCAGCUGGCUGUAGCGGAACUAAAGCACUAUGUUGAGAACGAGUCUGCAGAGAUGCCGUCUUCAAAAGUUCAGUUUAUACUGAAUGUAAAGCCAGAGGUCCCUAAUGCCUCUAUGGUGGAAUUCUCUAUGGCCUGUGCCUUACCAUUUAAAUAUCCAGCUGUUCUACCAGAAGUUACUGUGAGGUCAUCGUUAUUAAGCCGCUCUCAGCAAAUUCACUUGAACUCUGAUCUAAAAACAUACUUGAUGCAAAACUGCAGUGGGGAGCCCUGCAUGUUGAGUGCGAGGGAAUGGGUUAAAGACCACGCAGCUGCUUACAUUGACAAAGAGCUUUCAUCUUCCUCAGUGACACCUUCAAAUGCCAUGCAGUCAGAAGAUGUCACGUUCACGCGAUUGUGGAUCUAUAGCCAUCACAUUUACAACAAGCAAAAAAGAAAGAAUAUUAUUGACUGGGCUAAGGAACUCUCUCUGUCAGGGUUUUGCAUGCCAGGGAAACCGGGUGUUGUCUGUGUAGAAGGUCUACAGAGUAGUUGUGAAGAGUUCUGGUCAAGAGUAAGAAGAUUAACAUGGAAAAGAAUUCUCAUUCGGCACAGAGAAGAUGUUUCCGUGGAAGGUGGAGGACAUGCUGAGAUACAGAAACAAAGAAAGUUCUCCACUUUGGAAGAAAAAUGUUUUGAUGCACAUGGUGCCAGAGGGAAUCAUAUGGAUUUGGGGCAGCUGUAUCGGUUUUUAGAAGAAAAAGGAUGUGCUGACAUUUUUCAAAUGUACUUUGGGGUUGAAGGGCAUUGA